AUGGACAAAAUACAAUUAAUAGAGGAGAAUAGAAUUAGGCAUGGGUAUUCAGUAAUAUCUAGAAACGUAAGUAUGAAGGGUUAUAAAAAGUUUAAUAACAAACAUAAGAAAGAAGAUAUUAUAUUUAAAUUGGAAUCUAAUUUAGCUAUUUAUAAGAAGGUUGGUACGAUAAGCAAUCUUUUAAAGAACUUAAGGUUGUUAGCUAAAAAAGAUGAUGAAUUUUCACGCUUAUAUUCGAAAUAUAUUCAAUGUAUUGUUGAUAAGCAUAGAAAAUGUCUUAAUAUUGAUGAUUUAAUUGAAAUAAGGGAUAGUUUAUGUGAUUAUAGCACGUUUAUGACAGACAUUUAUGAGAUUAACGAUGAUCAGUAUGAUUUUGAUGAUCAUAAAAUAUCAUUCACAUGGAACGACAUUGAGGUUUUAUUUGAAUCAGAAAAUUUAUUAUCAAAAUUUUUAGAAAAUAGAUUUGAGGUUAAUGAUUUUAUAUUUAACACUCUCCUAAUUGGAAAGAUACAGGAAUUUAACAAAAACUUUCAGAAAUUAGAAUCAAUUUUACAAGAAGAUGAUCUUAAAUACUCUCAGGCAGUUUUUUUAUUUAGAAAUCUUAACGAAACAACUGCUAAUUUACAAAAGUUUUUAAAUGAAAAUUAUUAUACUUCUGAUUUUGUUAGUGAGACUUACAAUGAUUUACAAUUAAUAUUGAAAUCAUUAAAGCACUUUAAAAAAGAAAUCAAUUUACCUGAAAAUUUGGGAAGUUUAUUUGAAAAGUAUAGAAAUCAAUUACAAAAUCUUAAAAUUGAUAAUGAAACUAUGAAACAGGUAUUGAUUGAUGAGCUAGAAAGAAGAAUUACAUUUAAAUCAUUUAAAAGAAUGCCAUUAGGACCAGUUUUUUAUGAUCUAGCAUAUGAUUUUGUUCAAUUUCCAAAAGAAGAUGAUAUUUCAAAAGAAAAAAUGAAUCUACUUGAUAUGAAUAAGAAAUAA